GUGAUACCACCGUCUCCAUUCUCCAACCUUUCCUUCCUCCCUUCUCAAAUCUGUCAUCUCAUCACCUCAAGGCUCAAGCCAUCUUCGGGAAGAGAUUUUUCUGGUUCAAUCAAUUCCUUGCCGUGUUGCGCCGUCGUGGUCGUUGUGCCUGCUGCUUCAGCUCCCUGCCGGCCACAGCAAAACCGUCGUCGCCGUCUCUUCUGCUGCCGCUGCCGCCUUGCUUUCUGUCUUCUCCUUACACAGUUGCACAAUAUGAUCAUAUAUGUGUAUAUGAAGUUAUAAACUGCAUUACGAGUUAGGUCAAGGGAGGAGGAAAAAAAAAAAAAAUAGCAGAGAGCACCAAUUCAUGCUUAAAGCUUUAAGCUGAGCCAAUCAAAUCGUCUCGAAACACCUUCGUUUCAUUCACUUCUGCGAGUUUCUCCCUUGGUAACUCAGUCCUACAUAACAAUCGUACUGGUAAGCCACUGCCUCACUCAUCCAAGCAUAAACAAUUUUGGUCUUGCGAAGUGGCAAUGUAUCGUUGGACAAUGAAAUGCGGUACUGGGUUUCAUACUAUUCUUUGAUUGAAAAUCCAAGAUGAAUUAUUCCUAAAAUUCUUUAUUGUUGCAAUUAAUUCAUGGAUUAUUGCUGGUGUUUGAGUUUUGUUGUUGAAAUUUGGUAUAGUUUGAGUUAAAUUUCUGGGUUUUGAUCGGUAUUUUUUUUUAUUUUUAAUUUUUUGUUUAAUUUAAAUAUAGUAAAUGAUUUUAAUUUUUAGGUUUGUUUGGACUUUGACUUUUUGCCGUUUAAGUAUAUAUUCAGGUUAUAACUAAACUACAAACCCAAACGGUGCUGUAGAGGACGGUUGUUCUGGAAGCUGGUCAGGCAUGGCGGAUUCAAAAUCGAACCUUCCAGACAGAUUGCGAUGCCAUCACUGUGCAGGUCCUCUUUCCAAGGAGAUGGAAACUAGCGACUGGACUGUUCCACCUCUAAUCAGAGAUAGCUUUUCCAUGAUUGGUUCUGCUGUUGGUGGUACGACAAGCGCAUUCUAUGGAUUCAACCAUGUGAUGCCGAUUGUUCGGAAGUGGAUAAAAGGACCAAUGUGGCUGCAUUUCCUUAUUGGUUCCUUUUCCACUAAAGUUCUUUGUGCAUGUGCAGGCACCACCUGUAAUAGUAUUCUCUUCAGCCUGUGCUGGUUUAGCAGGUGGUGCUGUUCCGGCGCUAGCCCAACUUGCUUCAUCUUCUUACCAUGCAGUGGUGUCGUCUCCUUCUCUACCUCCUCCACAAGAUCAAAAGAUGCAUGGCUCCAGAAGUUCCUCUACUUUGUGAGAGAGACGCAACACAACACAUAUAAAUGCGUGGUGGGGAUUAGACAAAGAUUUAGUUUUACAUAUAUGCUUGCUACUGUGCUCACUCCUAGGCUUUAUAAUCCUUAUUUGCUAUAGGCAAAUUAGUAAUAGUUCAUUGCAUAAUUUUUUGCUGUUGAUAGACUUCAUACUAAUAGCAUUUGCAGUUUGUCAACUGAUGAAAUUUUCAGUUCCAAGUUUUGGUCCAUAUAAAUUACAUUUGGCUUGCACCGUCUUA